GUGCCAUUUAAGGUACAGAAAUAUAUUCUGAGGAACAUUUUUGUACCAUUGGGGGUAUAUCAAUGUUUGUACCUUGGGGAACAAAACUGUAUCAGGGCUGGACCCUAUUUUCUGACAGUGGAUUAUUGGAAUACCAAAUGUUAUACAUCUUGUUUUCUGCUCAGUAAAGUGGCAUAUGACGUAUAUGAAAAGUAGGAAUUAUUGGCAUAAUAAAAAUGGAGGAUACACUUAAUGCAAAAAAUGCGCCACAAAUCUAUGUUGACUAUAUAAAUAAGAAUUUUUGUCUAUGGUGAACUUUUUUCAAUUGACAAUCCAGAUGUCAAACAUUUGGGGGUUUUACAUAAAACUGUUCAUGCGACUUUAUCUGUGCCAAGUGUGAUUCUAUAAUCUGGUUUGGUGCGUUAGUUUGCUUAGUCAAUUUUAUAUACAUGUUCCUGACUGGCCUUUCAUUUACAGAAGAAGCUAAUCUUGUUUUGUAACUCUUAACAAUGCUGGUAAUAUGAUUACGUUCAUUUUAGCUGAGUGGCCAGAACAAUAACUGGAAUUUCUGGCGGAGUGCGGUGUGUCCAUUUCCUAAACAUGACAUGCAAGCAUCAUCAAAAAUAUAUCACAUUAGGAGAAAGAGUAAAAGGGACAGCUACGAAUUCGAUAUUGGCAUGUCCGUGGCUGUUAUGCGAGACGUAAUGAUGCAUUAGAUUUAAAUGGGAACAAAACCAAAAUUUAAGGUUGAUGAGCAAGAAUGUAUUCAGCCUAAACUGGGGGUUUUUCUGUACACAACAGAGAGCAGCAUUUCUGUGGACAGUCGGCAAGAGAAGGGCAGGACCAUCAGUUCCGUCAUGUCAAAACCGUCAGAACAGUUUGAAGACUCAGAUUGUGUCUGUUCAUUGGGGAUGAAAUUAACCUGGGAUAUCAACGACCCUCGGCUGCCUCAGGACAUCAAGCAGUAUGACACUUUCCAGGAAUGGACUGAAGGCUACGUCCGCUAUAUCUACAGCGGCGAAGACAAGAAUGCCCAGCGGCACCUGAGCGGUUGGGCCAUGCGCAACACCAACAACCACAACUGCCAGAUCCUCAAGAAGUCCUGCCUGGGGGUGGUGGUCUGCAGCCGGAGCUGCACGCUGCCGGACGGCACCAAGCUGCAACUCCGGCCCGCUAUCUGCGACAAGGCUCGGCAGAAACAGCAAAAGAAGCUUUGUCCCAGCUGUAACUCUGCUCUGGAGCUGAUACCUUGUCGUGGUCACAGUGGAUAUCCAGUGACCAAUUUUUGGAGAGUUGAUGGAAAGUCCAUAUUUUUUCAGGCGAAAGGAGUUCAUGACCACCUGAGACCUGAGACAAAGUCAGAGACAGAGGCUAGGAGGAGCGCAGUGAAGAAACGGAUCUCCUCGCCACAUUUCCCUCAGAAGCGACGACUAAUAGAGCCAGAAAGCGGGAGGUACCAUGACCCAGGUGGACCUUUCCCCGGCCUGCACCACCUGUCCUGCAUGGAUGGCCCAGACCGCUUCAGCAUCAUCACGGAGUCUAAUUUCCCCAUCCAGCCACAGCACUACUCCUUCCAGAACCCUGAGCCCUAUAAGUUUCCCUUUGACUCUCCUGGGGCCGCCGGUGACGCGGCUUCACUGCAGAAGGCUGCCAACCCGCGACUGUACGUCACACGACCACCAUGUGGCUAUGACUUCACUGUGCCCGGGUACCUGGGGCCGGGUCCCUACACGGCGCUUUACAAGGACCGUGGCAGCCCGCCACCCGAGGUGGACCCCAGUAAGACCUGCAUGAGUCUGGGUGGGCCGCAGCUCAGCACCAGCCCCCUGGGGAUCCACGAGCGUGGCUAUGAUGGCUCCGGAAAGCACCGUGGCUGGAAGCAGGUCGUUGGCAAGGGAGGCUACAGCGAGCGGGCCGACUAUGGGCAGAUUGGCACCAACUCCAACCAGCACUACUACAACAGCGAAUACCCGUGCAGGUACGCGGGACCCACAGCUGCCAGCCCCACCGGCCUCCAGACCAUAAUCACCACCACCACCAAGGUGUCAUACCAGCCCUGCAAACCGGCCGUGGUGAAGUAUGGCGACAGCCUCUAUGAUGUCAAGGGCUUGCCCAGCUGCAACUCUUUGCUGGAGGGCAACUCGUCCAGCUCCUACCCUGAUCUGAAGCUUCCGGAAGAUUCUGGGGUCAUCAAAUCAGCUUUGGCGUAUCAGCAGGAGUCGAUCCCUCCCAAACCCGAGAAAGGGGAAAGUCUGGAGAAUUACCGCUAUGGGAGCUACACCCCCAGUGGCUACCCGGAGCGCGUGUCGCACCCCUUCAGAUACGAGGGGAGCGAGUUCUGACUUUCUCAUUUGGUCGUGGGCCGUGUGUGCAGCCACCCAUUUCCAAUAGUUUCACAAUCAUCUGCCUUUUUGAAAAAUACUGUGUUAUUUAUACAUUUCAACCAUAAACGUCUCUGGGUUGUAAUUUUAUCACAUACGUCAUAUUUUCAUUUAAAAUGAACAUGUAAAUGGAAUAUUAUCAUUUUAAAUUAAAACCUGGUAAUUGCAAUCUCAUCUUUUUUUGUGAAUAAUGUUCUGAAUUACAGCACUGCAGCAAAAAUGUGUUUUGUUUUUAUAAAGAAAUGGCAUUCAGUGAUGAUGAAACCAGCUGAUUUUCAGUAUAAGUGUGUGUCUAACAUUGAUAUCAUUGGACAGAAUAAAUGUCAUUUAUUUUAAUAAAUAAUAUUAUAAAACA